UACCAGCGUUAUAAAUAGGAGCCUCCAACUCUUAUUUGAAGUCCAGAUCAAUUACAAAAACCUUUCCUCCAUUUAAUUUUCUGCAGGUGUUUGAGAAAAUGUCUAACUGCGGAGGAAACUGUGGGUGCGGCUCAAGCUGCAAGUGUGGCAGCGGAUGCAGUUGCGGGAUGUAUCCAGAUGUCGAGAAGAGCACAACUGUUACCCUCAUUGAAGGGGUUGCGCCAGUAAAGAUGUACUCUGAAGGAUCUGAGAAAAGCUUUGGUGCUGAAGGAGGCCACGGCUGCAAGUGUGGUUCCAACUGCACCUGCGAUCCUUGCAACUGUUGAUCACAGAAACAUUCAGGCCCCGGCUAUAUAUGUUUGAAGACACAAAUAUUAUUAUUCUGCAAAGUGUUCAAUGAAAAUUAUAUCGUGCAAUAAGACAGCCGUUACUUUCAAGUUCAUUUGCUGAAUUUGUAGGUGCACGGCCCCUAUCAUGUCUGUUUUGUGUGUUUGUAAACUAUAUUUAUGGUCAUGGUUACCGGGGCAUGUUGUAUGUGUAAAGGAAAGGAGUCCUGGCUUGUAGUGUGUAAGGAUUUGAUAUUUGUGAGAAACUCCUUUAUCGUUUAUUGGCUGGUAAUCCUUUAUCCUACUGCUGCAUUUUUCUGAUA